GGGUGUUGGACGCGACCCAACCCACAAGCGACGCCACCGAGGAGGGGGCGAAGAACGUUGGCGCGGCCGCCAGCACUUCCAGUUUGGAGGCCGCGCUCGGCACGCCCGGCACGCUCGGCGCAUCCGGUAUGCCCGGCACAUCCGGCGGUGACGGCACACUUGGCGCCGACGGCAGCAAGGUUGAUGCGCAGAAGGAUGGCGAGGAAGGGGCGAAGGGGAAGAAUGGCGAGGAAGGGGUGAAGGGGAAGGAUGGUGAGGAAGCCAUGCAGAUGCAGGUCAACGAUGUGGACAAGACCGUCGAGCCAGGACGUGCACGCUCCACUACGCCAAUGACCGCCAAGAAGCCUCCACCUUCCCCGCUCUCCACUGGCACUCCCUCCCGCGAGCCAACCCCUUCUAGGGAUGAACCCCCCUCCGUCAAACCUGCACCUGCCACCGCCUCGCCUGUAGAGGGAGUGUCAGCACCUACCCCGGCAGCCAAGUCGCCCGGAGAGCCUGAGGGGGAGGCCGGGAUGAAGCGCCUCCCCCCUCCAAGGAAGUGGACCAAGAACCAGGCAACAGCGAAGGAUCCUCCGCCCCCUGCUCCCGCCACGGACGCUAUGGCGUGGAUCCCGACGACACCACGGACCCCGAUGUUCCUGACUUGGCGGAGACCUCCCCCUCCUCGGCACUCCAACCGCAACCCCGCCAAGGAUGCGAAGGAGCCGGGGGCCAAGGCCAAGGAGUCGACUCCUCCGGUGGCGAACACGGGCAAGUGCAAGCGCAACGACGUCCAGGAUGAGGAGGAGACGGGCCCUGCGCCUAUGCUGGACAAUGAGGACGAUCAGCCGGCGAAGAAGAAGAAGGCCUCAUUGAAGAAGGCGGCUUCGCGCAAGAAUGCCAAGGAGCAGGAGCUGGCGCCCGAGGAGGGGGAAGAGGAUGCGGAACCUGAGGUGGGCAAGAAGUCGCAGGGGAAGAAGCCUCAGGCGAGGAAGACCCCGGCGAAGACUCCCGCGAAGGCGCCCGUGAAGACCCCGGCUAAGAAGGCUGGGAAGGGAAAGAAGUGGGGCCUUUCCCCCUUACAAGUCUUCACCGGCGCAUCCGGCUUCUUUGGCAUGCGCGGCAAGGACUUGGAGGCUUCCUGGCUUCCUGGCGCGCUCGGCCUCUUCGGCAUUCUCGGUCCCUUGUCGCCCACUUCGUCCAUCUUUGCUUUAUCUCAUCCCUGCAUGCCCCGCUUCCCCUUACAGCCGUAG